AAACAGGCCAAUGUGUGUAUAUAGGUCACGUAAAUAUCCAGACUUAUUUUCGCGUAUAAAAGCGGGCAUUGCUGGUCGGUAAAUCAUAGUUUGAUUGAUUACCCCAAACCAUGAAGUACCUGAUUGUCUGUGUUACCCUGGCCCUGUUCGGCUACCUCGAUGCCAGCCCAGUGUACGGCAACCAUGGAGGCUAUGGUGGCUAUGGUGGUGGUGGCUAUGGUGGUGGUGCUUAUGGUGGUGGCCAAGGCGUCGUCUACAAGGAGGUGCCCUCGUACGGCUAUCCUCAGGUCCUGCAAUCGGAGGGAAGUGGUGGAGUGGCUAGCGCUUCCGCCGCUGCAUCCGCCGCUGCCGUAAAGCCUGGCUACUACCAAAAACAGCUUGUGGGAGGGUGGGAGAUCGAUGGUGGAAGCUCGGGCAUUAAGGUCGGAUACGGACAUGGCUACGGUGGUCACUACUAACUCCCAACCCCCCCGCUCCGUCGGCAGCAAAUCAAACUAUCGUUCACUUGUUCAAACCCUCGAGUGGCUGUCACAGCGAAACUCCGAGAAUCUGCGAAUAAAAACAUUCUAAACGCUUUGGAAAAUAUUGAACAAAAA